AAUAUGGCCUCCAAAACUAUAUGCACUACCAUUCAGGUGACUCUCAUAGUCGCUUUUCUAACAACCCAGGUUGUUUUCUCUGAUGACAAUGUGCCAAUUCCUGCUAACAAGGAACAAUUGGGCACAUGGUUUAGUACUAAUGUAGGACCUUUAGAUCAAAGAAAAAGCACUAUAGACCCCGCAUUGGUGGCUGCUGAAGAAGGUGCUAAGGUUGUGAAGGUAAUGCAAGAUGGAAGUGGGGAAUUCAAGACCAUCACUGAUGCCAUUAACAGUGUACCUAAUGGGAACACCAAGCGUGUAAUUGUGUUUAUUGGAGCUGGAAAUUAUAAUGAGAAAAUCAAAAUUGAGAGGACAAAGCCUUUCGUCACAUUGUAUGGGGUACCAGAGAAAAUGCCAAACUUGACAUUUGGGGGAACCGCACAACAAUAUGGCACUGUUGAUAGUGCUACAUUGAUUGUUGAAUCAGAUUAUUUUGUGGCAGCUAACAUCAUGAUCUCGAACACUGCACCGAGACCUGAUCCAAAAACGCCAGGAGGUCAAGCAGUGGCAUUGCGAAUUUCAGGUGACAAAGCAGCAUUUUACAAUUGCAAGAUGUUUGGAUUCCAGGACACAAUUUGUGAUGAUAGGAAUAAACAUUUUUUCAAAGACUGCUUAAUUCAAGGCACCAUGGAUUAUAUUUUUGGAAGUGGGAAGUCACUAUAUAUGAGUACCGAACUAAGAACGCUUGGCGACAAUGGGAUUACUGUUAUAGUGGCACAAGCAAGAAAAAGUGAGACAGAGGACAAUGCCUACUCAUUUGUACAUUGUGAUGUUACUGGAACUGGUACUGGGACUUUCUUGGGCAGAGCAUGGAUGUCUCAUCCUAGAGUGGUCUUUGCAUACAGCACCAUGAGUGGUAUUGUGAAUAAAUUAGGGUGGAGUAACAACAAUCACCCCGAACAUGACAAAACUGUUCGUUUUGGAGAGUACCAGAACACGGGACCUGGUGCAGACCCCAAAGGGCGUGCUCCUAUAACUAAGCAACUAAGUGAAACGGAGGUCAAACCUUACAUAACACUUGCGAUGAUUGAAGGCUCCAAAUGGCUACUUCCUCCUCCAACUCCCAAAGUCUAAUUAAUUACCACAUAUUUUUGUGUGACUUCAGGAAUGACAAUGCACCCCAUAUUUUAGUGGAUGGUGAAUUAGAAAAAUGCUAUUCCAAUUAAAUAGUAGAUUGCUCAAGUUGUUGAGUUUCGGUGUCUUGUAAUUUAUUUGUUUUAUACUUGACAUAUUAAAAUUAAGUGAGGUCCUUAUAAAUUUAGAUUAGUCGAUACGCAAGUGGUGCAUUUUGGUGUUCAUGCACACUAUAUAUCGUAACACCCUUAGUAAAAAUGAUUGAAAGCUUAUUAUAGUUCUAGCUUUAAGCUUUUAGAAAGAUAUAAUGUAGUCAAUAUAUGUCCCUGUAAAUUCAUGUAAAUGAGA